AGGAACCUACCAGGAGUGAGUGUCAACCCCGGUUGGAGGAGAUUCCACACCAUUGUGCCAGAGCUCCAAAUCGAACAAGGGUUGACUGGAGGAUGGCCAACUUCAAGGGACAUGCCCUUCCUGGCAGCUGCUUUCUGCUGUUAGGCCUGUGUUGGUCAGUGAUGUACCCUCUCCGACACUGCUGGAGGAGGCAUCAGCCUAAAGGAAGACAAAAACUACCCCUGUUCUUUAACAGAAUAGACUUAAUUGAGGGGGCACUCAUGCUUUUCUUUGCCUUUGUGGGCAUCAUGGCAGAGCAGUUUGUGCCUGAUGGGCCCCAUGCCCACCUGUACAACAGAGAGACCCAGUCCUGGGUGAAGCUGAUGAACUGGCAGCACAGCACUAUGUACCUCUUCUUCAGUAUCGCUGGAGUUGUUAAAGUCCUCACUAUGUCAUCGCUUCCAGUCCCACUUGGUCUUGACCGCCUUGCUCUCUCCCUGGCUUUUUUUAUUGAAGGGCUCCUGUUUUACUUCCAUGUGCACAUGCGCCCUCCUCUGGAUACCCACAUCCACUCCAUGCUGUUUGUGCCGGUGUUUGGUGGGGCGGCCAUCACCCUGUUGGAGGUGUUCAUGCGAGAUAACAUCGUACUGGAACUGCUCAGGACCAGCAUGACCAUCCUGCAAGGCUCCUGGUUCUUUCAGAUUGGAUUCGUGCUGUACCCAUUAAACGGAGUACAGUGGGAUCUGCAGGCACACGAUAACACCAUGUUCAUCACCAUGUGCUUCUGCUGGCAUCUAGCUGUGGCCCUGCUGAUCGUUGGCAUCAACUACUGGAUGGGCUGGUGCUGUGUACAAAGAUGUUCAGGAAGAGGAAGUGACAUAGAGAUCAUGAUGAGAAAGACAUCUAUCUCCCAGAAGGCUCUGCUACAGGAGUCAGAUGAAGAGUAGACAGACGCAUCAUGAAGUGUGUACAGUAGUAGAUCACUGUUAUGGGAUUCUUCACAAUUGUUUGUCUGAAAUUUGAUUAACUGGUUUCUCUUGUUUCAAAUCAAAUCAAAUUGUAUUAGUCACAUGCACCGAAUACAACAGGUGUAGUAGACCUUACAGUGAAAUGCUUACUUAUGAGCCUCUAACCAACAAUGCAGUUUAAAGGAAAAAAAAUAAAAAAUACGAAUAAAAAAUAAAAGUUAUAAGUAAAAAAAGAGCAGCAAUAAAAUAACAAUAGCGAGACUAUAUACAGGGGCGUACCAGUAGAGUCAAUGUGAGGGGGCACCGGUUAGUCGAGGUUUGUAACCCUGCUACUGUGUAUGUGUAUUUUGAGUGUCAUUUUAUCAAUGAAAUAAUGACAUGCCUUGUCGAGUUCAGAUUUAAGCCAAAUUAAUUUGAAAUGAAAUGCUUUACUGAGCCCUGACAAAUGUAAUGUAAUUCAAAGUAUAAAAGCUAAUAACUGAUUUUCAAGACUGAGGUUGCUAUGAGACCGAGGAAAAUAGGUGAGAUGUAAAAGUAUUCCUUGGAGGUGAGAGAAUUUCAACGUUUCUUGUGUCGUGACACAUUAACACCUGUUGUGUAUUCAUUACGUUGUGCAAUGGAAAACCAUUUAAAAACCAAAACGGGGAUAGGACCUACCUGAAUUUGUCCAAUAAAAAAAAUGGUUUCCAUUGCAAUACGUUCUCAGUUUGGAGUAAACGGUUUCUGUUGCAAAAUGACCAAACAUUUUGAAAACAGAAUCUGACUAAUGAAUACACCCGACAUCGACAACGCUACCUGCCAGAGUUUCCUCUCCUCUUAAGACAGUUGAAACAUUUGCAUACUCGUCCCGCCUAUGGCUAUACAGAAUGGAGAGCUACCGUCCUGUAGGUUUUCGCACCAGUCCAAGUUGUAACUAGCCUAACUCAGUUGAUCAACCAGCUAAAUAUUAAAAUCAGGUGUGCUAGGUUAGGGUUGGAGAGAAUUUACAGGACAGUAGCUCUCCAGGAACAAGGUUGGAGAGCCCUGCUAUAGAGCAACAUGCUUCUUUCACUCCGGAAAACAGAAUGUCUAAUGAUUGUCAGAGAUAAUAUAUUUCCAAUAAAUACUUUUUCAUUCA